GAGGGGGUGGAGGAGUGGGGGUUUGGACCCUAGACACACACCCAUGCACGCAAACAUGCACACACUUGCACAGACCCAGACUAGGACCCUGUUAAAGGAGCGGCUAAGAGGUUGUUAUGCUGUUCAAACAGUGUUUUAGCCCUGGAGGCAAAAACAUGUGCACUGGGCAUUCGGGGUUAAUUAAAGAGUAACAAGACCGGUGUGUUUGGGGGGGUUUUUUUGUUUGUUUUUUUCCAAUCUUGGUACGAACAAAGAUGUUGCAUUUAGGAAAAAUUACAACUGCCAAAUGGAUUUUUAUUUUAUUUUAAUGUUCAAAUUUUGAUAAGGAGAAAAUACUGCCUUGUUUCAGGAGAAAAAAAUUAAUCUGCACGUUAGAUUCAUUGAUUCCUUUGCUCAGUGAGGAAUGACAGAGGAAUAGUGAGAGAGAGAGUGUUUGAGUAGGAGAGAGACAGAGAGAAAAUAAAGACAGAGGGAGAAAGCUUCCCUCCGCUGUGCCUUUGAGCUUCUCUGUCUCUCUGUAGAAAGAGGCGUGUCCAUGGACCAGUAUAAAGUCCAAGGAGAGUCACUCGUGUUGAGCCAUUCUCAGGACUGAGUCCUUUGCACUACACACAAGGAAGAGAAGGAGGAACGUGCAGCUCUUACUUCAGACACUGCCUUCACAUGACCUGCUUUUACAUUUGAGCAAAUGCAGACCAGAUUUCUAUUUGUUGUUUGAUCAGAGAGCUGGCAAACUGGUCUUUGGAUCCGAAGACGGAGCAAGUUGUACCUGAGCACACCGGUGGAUAUCGUUCUGCAACUAGUCAUUUCCAACUGAACAAAUCCGAGUACAUUUGCCAGUGGACCAGAUCAAGAGCAAGCUCCAAUUUCUGCGCUGUGAAAUUGAAUCAGAGGUUUGAGACAGAGGCAACACAGCAGGCACAUUGUGCCCCUGCAAAUGAAAGACUAAGCAUUUGAAAAUAUCAAAGACCAUCCUGGACAAAGCGGUCUUCCAUUGUUGGUCUGGGAUCUACUCCUGAAAGCAGGGACACAGAGAGAGAACGUCUCCAGAGGAAAAGGACUGUGUGCAGGUGCUAGAGCUGCUGUGGUGCGAGGAGGUUGCAUGGCUGCAGCUCAAUCUUACAGGGGCUUGUGGGUGUUCAGCACCCUGUCCCUGGUGGCUCUGUGUUUGUCGGACCAGGCCAUUCGCUGCCCAGUUUGCUCCGAGGAGAGGCUGGCCAGGUGUCGUCUACCUGAAAGCUGUGAGGAGACCGUGCGGGAGCCUGGCUGUGGCUGUUGCCCCACCUGUGCCCUGCCAAAAGGUACACACUGUGGUGUCUACUCACCACGUUGUGGUACAGGCCUCCGUUGCUACCCGCCUCGGGGUGUGGAGAGACCACUGCACUCACUGAUGCAUGGCCAAGGGGUGUGCACUGACGAACGGGAGGUGGAAGAAAAUUCAGUCACAGAAAGACAAGAAGAGAUCAUCCCUGAACACCCGAACAACAGUAACAUCAGAUGCAGUCCACAAGACAAACGCUGCAUACAGAAAACCCUGGCUCGACACCCACCCAAAUCUGCAAAUCAGAGAAGCAACACCGCCAGAGAAGAAACCAAGGCAGUGCUGGCUCCGUGUCGUGCUGAGCUACAAAGGGCUUUGGACAGACUGGCAUCAAACACCCGCACACAUGAUGACCUCUUCACAAUUCCUAUACCCAACUGUGACAGGAAUGGAGAUUUUCACAUAAAACAGUGUCACCCGGCACGUGACGGUCAACGAGGGAAGUGCUGGUGUGUGGAUCAGAAGACCGGCAUGAGGCUGCCUGGUCCACUUGAGCAGCGAGGGGAACUCGACUGCUACCAGCUAAUGACAGCAACCCUAAAGGAUUGAGGAAGAAGCGGUGGGGAGGAAGGUGCAGAAAAAGCUGAAUUCUACUGGUGCUCAUUCGUGGAACUUCAUGAGGAAAGGCCUUAAAAGCCAUAACGCCACAAAGGCUUUGGCAAAGAAAAAAAGGAAACCAUUGAAUUGAGUCCUUUUGCUGUUCUGUGUUUCUGUCUGUGUGAAUGACUGUUAACACACACCAACAGUUUUAAGCACUUGGUGUGUGUUAAUUUCUAAUUUGUGAACUUAAGAUUGUUAGUCUUUAGACACAUAGGCUUCAUAGCGAACGCAUGGGAAGAAAGAAAAUCACUUUCCCACAUAAGAGAGGUGUUUUGAAUUUCUCUUGGAGCCAGAGACUGUAAAUACUCCUGGAAUAAAAACUACUUACACUGCCGGCUGUUUUUGGAGGUUACGUAGUUUGUGUAUUAGUCCAAGUAACAUGAGUCUGGUUCAUUCUCCAUUCAUAACAUUAAUUGGUUUUUCUGAUCAUCCAUCUCAAUAAUGGGUUUAAGAUCAUCUAUAGAAUAUAUAUAGAAUAUAUAAUUGAACUAAAAGCAAAAUGAGCACUGAAACCAUCAGUUGGUUGGAUUUAAUCAGAUUUCGCCUCAUUUUACACAGACUUGUAUACAAACCACUCAGCUCUCCAAACCAAUGGAGUCUGUACGUUUUCAACUGCUUCAUUUUUGCAGUGGCAUUUUGUAGCUUCAUCCAGCUCUACUUCAUAAAUAGUCAAACAAAUAAACUGUGGUAUGCCAUCUGAGCAAGUAGAAAGGUGUGUACACACUAAAAGGUUGUGAUGUGGUAGUCCUACAGCAUAUAUACCACUAAACCCUACCACCGACCAAGUAAGUCAAAACAAAUCAUACAAAAUAAUUUCUAGUACAAACCUGUUUUGUUUGUCACCGGACCAGCAAUAAGAGAAAGAGAACAAGACUUUGACAGAUCAAAUGAUAAACCAUGGCUUUUCACAAAGCAGAGGCCAAAGUGCUGGACACCAGUACACACCAGUAGUAAUAUGUACCACAAAACAUAUAGGAUAAAAAGAAUAUGACAAAAACAAAAAUUGGUGAAAAAACAAUCUUCAUAUAUUGUGAUAGUACCUCAUCAUCUUCAAACCUGGACUUUCCUUCUUUAAUACAAAUCUUUCGAGGAAAAUGUUUUUGCUUUGGGCCUUCUUGCACCAGUCCAGGAAACCUCAUAGUUAUGGCCCCAAUUCAAAUAGAGAAAACCCACAAAAUAGACCAGAGUGUUAUUACAUUAGUCCCAGCUGCAACAUUAGGCAACAGAGACAGCUGUGAACCUUAUUUCAAAGUUCAAGUCUUUCUCCUCCGAAGAGGAUGAGGAAAAUGAGAAAACCCCAGAGUUUAAGCACAUAUCGCCUUUAUUAGGCCUAGGUCUAUUAGUAUACAGUAAUAUUAGGUCUAUGGCUAAUAGUAUAGUAAUAGGUCUAAGUCUAGUCUUACUGGUUCUGCUUAUUUGAAGGAUGUACUUCCUGUUCAUACAUGUACGAGACACCUCCUGGUUUAAAACAUCUCCAGGAGCUUCAUAUGACAGUGAUGAUUUUGUUGCUCAGAGUUAUUAGUCACACUGGUGGCAGCCUGGAGCUCAAAACUAUAGCACAAAGAAGCCUCAGAGACUCUUUCUAUAUUGUCUAAACCAUAAACUCUGCACUGCUGAUAUGAUAAUCCUAUUUUUCCAGUUGGUGCUAAGAUGUCAGCGUGACUUUUUCUCUCACUUUUGCAUGAAUACAACGUCAGCAUCUCUGCAAACAGACUGUGGUGCUAUAUAUACUGACUGUGCCAAAAGAAACUAAUGGAAAAAUGAUGAUGUUAGUUCCUGCACUUUUUGGGCAUUCCUAGGGAUAGGAAGAGAUGACAAGGGCUUUGUGGAUAUGACACAAUCAGUGCGACGUUUACCUUGAUGUGUGACCAUUUGAACAACCUACAGUAUCAACACUAUCUCAUCAUGUGCUCAAAGUCACAAUGUAAACACAGCAUCCCACGUUAGUCCAGGUCCAAUCAGAAAAAAUAAAAUGAAAUUGAAUGCCGUCUGAGUUAUAGUUUAGGUUUAGUGUCAAAUCCUAUACUGCAGUACCACAACACAAAAAUGGUGAAAGGACUGUGAACGAUAAUGUAUCAUCUUUGCUAAUGUGAAAAGUGGUACAAAUAAGGUGCCUUUUCAUGGCUCAAAUAUUAAAAGUUAAAAUACUUCUUGUAGAUCUCAAUUUGAACAAAAAGAAUGACCAAAUGUAAAAUGAAACCAAAGCCAGUUACCACUGAUUGGACUUUUAAGUUUUAUCAUUUCUGCAGCGACUGCAAGGUUAACAGGUGUGUAUUGUGUAUUAUUUAACAAAUACCUCUGAAUCCAACUACUAAAGAAUUUUCCUGCCCCCACCCUCCCUUCUGCUUUGGUUCAUGUGAGCACUGCAUCAGUUUUAGUCCCAGCCCAAAUAUUCUUAUUGGUUAAGAUGUUACCAGCCAUUCCUGUCUUCUUUCUAUAUGAAUUUUAUCUUGUGUUACUUUGUGCUCCUGGUGGGCAGUCUACAAAAGCAUUAUAUUUACCUGGUAGUGGGGAUUGUUUAACUUGGGCUUGCUAACAGCAAAAAUCAUAGCAUUAACGUCUUAUGUUGCUGAUAGGAAAAGAAGACUUCAUGCCACUGUCUGACAUGAAACAGGUUUUAACUCCUAAAUGUAUUAUACACAUUUUUUUUAAAAAAGUGAGAGCCACACUCAGCACACAAAACAACAGAGGACCAGUAACAGUGACACAUUAUAGCCAUUAGGAGUGUAACUGCAAACUGUAACUAAAUCCCAGAGUAGCUAUAUUAAAAUAAGUUAAAUGUCAAGAAUGUCUUUGUCCCUAACAAUAACGGUGCUUAAGAAAAUGCUUCUGUUUAAAAGAUGGUAUAAAUACAUCUUGUUCUUUGCUUUACACUAUUUUAUCUAAUGAUACGUUUAACCUUUGACUGUAAAAAUAGGAAAUCCAAAGGUCAUCUGCCAAAACACACAGUUUGAAAAAAGAGAAGUCUGUGCUACAGCUCAAAAUAUCCAAAACCAAAUAACUCUGAAGACCCAAAGGUUCAAAGACAUCAAUAUACCCUCAGUGAACUGCAUGCAUGGAAAAUGUUUACUUUGCACAAUUCUUUGGUAUCAUUCAGCAAACACAUUCCAAUUCUCAUCUAAAGGCUUUGAUUUAUGUAAAAGCCUCUUAACUACUUAAACAGUGCAUUUACACUAUAGUUAUUACUCUAACUUUACUGACCUGUAAUUUCAUUUCUUAAGACUGUUCCAGUUUAGCUUUGAUGUUAUCUGUUCAUAUGUACAAAUUAUGAAGUAAAUGUCUGCAUGCAUUCAAAGAGACUUGGGUGGAAAUCUGUAUCUAGUCCCGACUAUUACUGUAUAUUCAAACCCAUGGGCUGAUUGACAACUGAAAUACAGCAUUUCAACCAAUGUCAAAGACAAAUACAUUGUAAAUGUUUACCGGAUGAAAAUGUAUACAUUGUAAUAAAUCCAUUAACACACAUUGGUAACUA